AUGGAUGAAUUUGAUGAGGUACUGAAACUGGAAGAACGGUUCUAUAAAGAAGGUUUCGAAGAAGGAAGGAGAGAGAACUUACAACAUAAUUAUAUAGAAGGUAAGCAGUUUGGGCUACAAGUUGGAUUUCAAAGGUUUAUAUUAAUAGGUCAAAUGUUAGGUAUAUGCAAUGUGUUGACUGCAAGAUAUUCAACUAAUGCUGCAUUAAUGAAGAGUGUCGAAUCUGUUCGUAAACUUAUUGAGUCAAUUAAGUUUGACAAUGAUGCUGAAAAUGUUGAGAAUUAUGAAGUGACUGUGGUGAAAUUAAAGAAUAAAUUUCGUAUAAUACUGCUGGCACUACAGAGACAACUCAAAGGGAAAAAACGAACCGAGGUAAUGAAUUAUGAUAAAGUGGAAGAGAUUACAAGAAUCAUAGCAGGUGAAGUAAUUGGAUUUAAUGAAGAUGAAGAUACCACUAAACAAUUUUUAGCACAAGAUAAAAAAACAGAAUGGUAA